AUGAGUGGCCGGGGCACCAUUGAGCAACUUACUCUUCGUCUCGGUCGGCUUCGUAUUUCUAUCUCUGAACAACGGGGCGACUCUGGAUCACCUACUCCUUCUGCUGACUCCUUCGUUCUUGUGGAGGGGGACGACACUUCAGGCUCCCAGGCCGUCGCUACUUCUGGACCCCUUGCUGGGGGAGCAGCUGCUCCUCGAGCCGCUACCGCGCGCUCCACCGACGAGGCUUUCAUCGCUGCCCGCACCCCUGAGGAGCUUGCUGCUUUGAAUCUUGGGGCCGGCCGAGCUUUGGUUCGGCGACUAUCAGCUUCAGGCGCUUGGACCCCUGAAGCGCGGAUCGGCCGGGCCAUUCGGGCCGGGAUCUCAGCCGGACGUGUGCUUCGAGGCCUCCGGGACUAUCAAGACAGCAGCCUGCCUUUGGGCACCCGAAAUCGGGUGUACAUCGUGUUGGCUUGCCCUUCUCGGCCGGCAGGCUUUUAUUGUGAAAACUUCGCGGUCUUCCGCGAGCACUGCCCGCAGGACCGCCAGGGGCGGCUGAACCGAUCAGUCGUUUGCCACGGCUUCCCUUCACGGGCUGAGGCGGAAGCUUUUGAGAUCAUUCAGCUUCUGACCGGCGCUCCUCCGGGACGCCCGCUGCCCCUUGUGUACUUGAUCGACGACGACACCAGCCCGACUGUACGUGUCACGGCUUUCCUUCUGCGGCGCCGGGCUGGCGGCUUCAUGGUCGCCCUUCCGAAUCUGGAACAAGUUUCGGAACUUCUGGCGAACCUAUCCUUGAGCACUCCGGAUGCCCAGCUAUAUUCCACGGAAGCUGCCAUUGCCUGCGAGACGCCACGUCGGCGCCCAGUCGGCGAUGUUACUUUGCUGCUUGCGGAUAUACCUUGGGCUUGGUUGGGGCUGUUCAGACGAGGGACGGCGAUGCGCAGCUCUCCUUUGCAACUGCUUUCCAUCAUGUCGGGCUCCACUGUGGUGCGGCCUGUCCUGGAGUCCGCUUUGGGCAUGAAGGAACUUAGGUUCUGGAGCGGCUCCUGCAAUAACUCCCUUGCGGUCUGGACUGCCCUGGGCUUGAGCAUCUUUUUCUGCUGCUUCGGCUGCAUUCUGGGUGCCCUCUGCACUUCUCUGCUGCUUUCGGCGGCGGCUCGGCGAGCCUGUUCUUGGGCGCUGCGCUUCUUCGCAGCGUGGCUGGAUUUGGCACCGGGCCCUCCUGCUAGGGCGAGGGUGCAUUUGAGCCAGAGUGGCCGGGGCACCAUUGAGCAACUUACUCUUCGUCUCGGUCGGCUUCGUAUUUCUAUCUCUGAACAACGGGGCGACUCUGGAUCACCUACUCCUUCUGCUGACUCCUUCGUUCUUGUGGAGGGGGACGACACUUCAGGCUCCCAGGCCGUCGCUACUUCUGGACCCCUUGCUGGGGGAGCAGCUGCUCCUCGAGCCGCUACCGCGCGCUCCACCGACGAGGCUUUCAUCGCUGCCCGCACCCCUGAGGAGCUUGCUGCUUUGAAUCUUGGGGCCGGCCGAGCUUUGGUUCGGCGACUAUCAGCUUCAGGCGCUUGGACCCCUGAAGCGCGGAUCGGCCGGGCCAUUCGGGCCGGGAUCUCAGCCGGACGUGUGCUUCGAGGCCUCCGGGACUAUCAAGACAGCAGCCUGCCUUUGGGCACCCGAAAUCGGGUGUACAUCGUGUUGGCUUGCCCUUCUCGGCCGGCAGGCUUUUAUUGUGAAAACUUCGCGGUCUUCCGCGAGCACUGCCCGCAGGACCGCCAGGGGCGGCUGAACCGAUCAGUCGUUUGCCACGGCUUCCCUUCACGGGCUGAGGCGGAAGCUUUUGAGAUCAUUCAGCUUCUGACCGGCGCUCCUCCGGGACGCCCGCUGCCCCUUGUGUACUUGAUCGACGACGACACCAGCCCGACUGUACGUGUCACGGCUUUCCUUCUGCGGCGCCGGGCUGGCGGCUUCAUGGUCGCCCUUCCGAAUCUGGAACAAGUUUCGGAACUUCUGGCGAACCUAUCCUUGAGCACUCCGGAUGCCCAGCUAUAUUCCACGGAAGCUGCCAUUGCCUGCGAGACGCCACGUCGGCGCCCAGUCGGCGAUGUUACUUUGCUGCUUGCGGAUAUACCUUGGGCUUGGUUGGGGCUGUUCAGACGAGGGACGGCGAUGCGCAGCUCUCCUUUGCAACUGCUUUCCAUCAUGUCGGGCUCCACUGUGGUGCGGCCUGUCCUGGAGUCCGCUUUAGAAGCCGCCGAGGUCUGGAUUGCGAGCGCGAUGGAGGAGCCCGAUCUUCAGGAGUCCAUGGGGGAGUAUGCCACCGCUGCGGAGCAUGGGGAGCCCGAAGCCAACGAAGCGGAAGACGAGGGCGAGGGACCCGACGCCGAACUGGUCCGGCUCCGGGCCCAGGUUGCUGCCUUGGAACUUGCGGCGCAGACUCAGCCUCCGCCUGCUGUUGGUGCACGCGCCGCACGGGCCACUGGUGCACAGACCCGGCGAGGACUUGUUCCCCGGCUGACUCCCGGCGACUUGGCCCGCUUGCAAGAGGCAGCUGGAGCACCGCCGCCCCGCGUUGCCCAGCACGAGCGAGCACCUCGCACUGUUGCCGUCGAGGACGCCGACAACCUCCUCGCCGAGUUGGAUGCCGACGUCGUGCAGGGCGAGGCCUUGCGUGGUGGUUCCAACGAGGCCUUGAUCCACAAGCUGCUCUUGCUCCAGACCAAGAUGCUCUCGCAGCUCAGUGCCGGCCGGCCCCAGGGUGUCGGCCCAAAUCCGGAGGCUGGCGGCGAUGGAGCUGACCACGAGAUGGAGGCAUGGUUCGCCAGGCUGGCCCUCUUCGUGGACCAGGCGGCCACCGAAGGCGGACGUACCCAGCUAGCCUGGCUCCUUGCGGGCUUGCCGGAGCUGGACUGGAUCGGUUCGCGCAUGGCGACUCAGGCCGGCGGAGGACAGCAGAAGGACGAGGGGAAUGCAUGUGAGACCGGCCGAGCGGAGCUCGGCCCGUCUAUAGCCGCCUCUGGCGUGCCUUUGAAUUCGGAGUCGUUUUCUUUUGAUCCAGCCGGGGCUGACCUCGCUGGUCCGCGGGCUGAGCCGAUGGGAGCUGAUAAUACCAAUGCGAUCCGUGGCCUGUUCCGAUGCCCUCCCGGGCUCGAUGGACGGCCCAUGCACAAUAUAGGGUGCCUUAACUGGCUAGCCUUGGGUUGCCCUAGCCGUCCGCCCGACCGCGCCUGCGUCGGCACCGCCUUGACUGAAAGCCAGCACGGCGUUCUUGGCACUUUGGAGCGGCACUGCUUGCAUUUCUUGCGCGCGGGGCGCUUCGCAUCUUCAACCUUGGGUCGCAGCUCUGAAAAAUUCGAUCUUCUGUUCGGUCUGGCCUUGGAACUGCCGCAGUGUGACUUAGCUCCCGCUUCGGAUGUGGACCGCAUGCUGAACCAAUUUGACCCGCCACCUGCCCAAAACGAUCCCCUUCAGGCCACUACGCGCGGAGAGGUGGUUGCCGACCGAAUCAAGUGGACGCUUCCUCCGUCUUUUGAUCCGAUGCCUUUCUUCUCGGAUGUGCACUGCUCUCGGGCCGAACUGUUGCGCUUGGCUGCGAAAUGGGACGACUUCCAGGUUCGCUUGGAGGAUGUAUGCGACCUCAUGAAUAUGUGGCUUAUCGCCGCCCGGUGCCGCGAACUUCGCAGCGCAACGUCACCACAGGAGUUUUUCUUGGAGCCGACGCUGACGGCCUUCAGGGCCUUGUUUCAGCCCCGCGGCAUCGGGCCUGCUUUGGCCGUGCUUCAGGCCGUCUUCGAGGACGCCCGCCGGGUUCCUCGGAACAGUGUACUGCCUCUGCAACGUGGGUCGAUCAACGAGCUCUUCUGCCUGUGCGCUUUGGGCCCCUUGCUGCAGACCGACCUUCGUGUCAAUUACCCGGGCAUGCUUUUCUGCAUGGACGCUUCUCCUACUGGUGCGGGCCUGUGUGCGGCAUCUCUGCCCCCGGCCGUGCUUAAAGAACUUUGGCGCCAUGGUGAACAGAAGGGUUUUUACGCUAAGCUUCUUGAACCCGCGAGCGCCUUGCUCGCCGAGCUUGAGCUUUCAGACGACCCGGGGAUUGACUUUGCACGGAAUGUCGGGGAUGGCGUGUCCGGUGCUUUCGGCUUCGGUGUUGAGCCCUUGCCUCUGAGGUCUGCGCUUCCUGGGCCCGCCACCUUCUUGCAUCUGUUCGCGAACGACCCCACCUGGGACACUGCCUGCUUGAACCUUGGCCUUCACCGCGUGCCUGACUCUUGCUCUCUUGCUGGCCUCCGCUUUGAAGACCUAGCUUCGGAUGAUGUUUUUCAUCGGUUGCGCGGGCUGCUGAUGGGCGGUGUCGUUUUCGACCUUCAUGUUUCGGCUCCAGCGCUGUCCUUCGUUCCUCGUGGGCGCUGCCGUCUGCGUUCUCCUACGUCGGCUGCUGCUUCGCACUGUCGCUGGGGUCUUCUUCGCCAUCACGAUCGCCUCGCCCGCCGCUUGUGCUUUCUCCUUUGCCUCGCUGCCUCUUCGGGCGUGUACUUUAGCGUGUCACAGCCUGCUGCGAGCCUGCUCUUCCGGCUUCACUGCUUUCGGGGCCUUGUUGCUCUGGGUGGUGUGCUCACGCGCCUUUUUUGCUGUGAUUUCGGCGCCCCUUACAAACGGGCCUUGCUUUUCUUGCAUAACAAGCCUUGGCUGUUGCGGCUGGCCUCCUCUGGUGACACUUGUGGCUGUCCCCCUGGCGCUAAGCACUUCCCGGUUUGCGGCACCUUUUCUGCGCCCGCUGUUGACGCUUUCUGUCGCGCUUGCAGCCCGUCUGCCUCUGCGGUUUUCGGUGCCUCUCCUGCUGUCGGCCAGUCGGUUUCUAGCUUUUGUGCUGCCUAUCCGGCCCCGCUCGCUUGUCGGAUUGCUUCUGGCUCUGCGUUGGCCGCUUCCGGUUACGUUCCUCCGAUGCCUAUCGUCGCGUCCUGGGACACCCUUAGCGCCCUCGGGCUCUUUCACGAUGACCCUGAGUGGAUCGGCGAGUUGGCUGACUGCCUCGACUUCCGCGAACUUGUGAGGUACAAGUUUCGCAAGGGGGGCCACAUCAACAUCCUUGAGGCCCGUCUGCAGUUCCCUACCUUUUGGGCGCUGGGCUUUACCCUUGCGGCCUUCACGUGUACUCAGCUCUCAACAGAGCUGACGGUCCUUCUCGUGACCGGCCUCCGCCAGCCCCUUCUAAAGCGUUCCCUGCCUGGCUCACCGCGCUUAUCAAUGGUCCUCGGCCGUUGGGUGCGGUUCCUCUUGCUGUUGGCCGGUGACAUCGAGCGCAACCCCGGGCCUCCUUCCCGGCUUCCUCGUGGCAGUCUCGACUUGCAGUCCGGUUUCGCUACUUCCACUCGUCACAAGAUGACGAAGGCGCUCGAUGCUUUCAUCCUUUGGCUCUCGGUUGAGUUCGGCCUGGGGUUUGACGCUGCCAUGUCGUCUUCGCAGUCUGCGGCUUGUGCCUUGCGUGCCUUUACUCCAGUGGCUUUCCACUACCGGUCGCACCUUUCACCAGCCUGGCAGAUUGACCGGAAGUGGCAGUUGGCAGAGCCCGGCGAGUGCCGCCCUGUGAUCUCUCAGCCGAUCCUUCAAGCCUGCAUUGCGUUGGCCAUCUGUUGGGGCUGGUACGACUGGGCCGCUCUGACCUGUGUGGGCUUCCUCUGUAUGCUCCACCCGGCCGAAAUGAUCCCCUUGAUCCGCCAGGAUCUUGUGUUCCCUGAGGACGCCCUGUCUCCAGACCCGGUUGCGUAUGUGCACCUACGCAGCCCUAAAACGCAGCGGUUCGCGAGUCGCCAGCACGCUAGGCUGGAAGACCCUCUCGUGCUCCGCCUUCUUGAAGCUCUCUACUUCGACCUGCCCUUGGGUGCCCGCCUUUUUCGCGGCUUCGCGUGGAACUCCAUUAUGUCUCGCCUCGGCGUGCCAUGUCAUCUCUCGGAGAAGGGCGCUACUCCAGGGGUUCUUCGGGGCUCCGGCGCUACCUUCUUAUAUCUUGAGACGGAGGACCUGCCUCUGGUUGCUUGGAGGGGUCGUUGGAGUACAACUAAGACGGUCGAGUUUUACCUUCAGGAAGUGGCGGCGCAGCUCCUGCUCCACCGCUUACCCGUUUGGUCACGAGAGCGAAUCCGAGUGCUCUCGUCCUUCUCGCGGCACCUUCUUCUUGAAGUCAUCGCGAAUUGUGGCGGAGCCAAGUAA